AUGGCUAUGGGCCCAACAAAAGCCCGCUUGCUACCUAAUACGACCUCUACAACAAUGUCUUCUCCUUCCGCCACAGCUACACCUCCAAUGCAUGGUCAUGCUGCCAUCGACCUAUCUCAGAAGAUCUCUACGCUAUCAGCUUGGCGGUCCAGAUUGGGAUUCCAGGGCUAG